CACUCCGGGAACGCAGGGCUAGGGUGUCCGGGAGGGAUGCGGGUCCUAGAGCUCUGGAGAAAGAAUGUCCUGGUCCAGCUGCCUACGCACUGUCCCUCCUCGGGGCUUCUGGAGGAGCUAAGCCAUCUUGGGAGGGACUCAACUGAACUGGAAGGCUGAGGUCAGCCCCCCACCCUGGCCCCAGCAGAUGACAAAGAGCGUUCCUUGUUGCUCCCACCCUUAGGUAGUAAAGGGGUGGACCAAUCUUCCCUCUGCCCCGCUGGUGCUGUGCUGAGACAGCCCUUCAGUAUCCCGGCUAUCUAGAGGGUAACCAGUGUGCUGCUUCCUCCUCAGAACACCCUCCGUGCCCAGAUGCCAGAGUAGCUACCCUGUCCCCUGCUCCCCAGCCCAGGGGCAGUCAAGGGAAGAGCAAUGGAGACCUGCUUGGGCAGGCUCUGGCUAUGUGUGAUGCUGCUUCUGCCUCUUCUUCAGCUCUGCCAAGAUCAAGAGCUGUUUGGACCUUCUCUUCCAACACCAUCAGAGGAGGACCAGGUUCCUGAGGGCCUCUGGGGACAUUGGGGCCGGUGGGCCCCCUGCUCCCAGCCCUGUGGGGUGGGGGUACAGCGCAGAAGCCGAACAUGUGAACUGCACCCUGGCCUAUCCCUUCCUCCCCGACCCCCAAGACAUCCAGAAGCCCUCCGGCCCCGGGGUCGGGAUCAGGGCUCCAGACCUCAGACUCCCCGGGAUCCCCAGUCCCUGUACAGACCACCACCUCGGGGAAGGGGUGGCCCUCUUCAAGGUCCUGCUUCUCAACUGGGGAGAGAGAAGACCCAAGAGACUCAAGGGGCCCAGAGGUCCCGGGUUCGAGACCCUAUCAAGCCAGGGAUGUUUGGUUAUGGGAGAGUGCCCUUUGCCUUGCCGCUGCACCGGAGCCGCAGGCACCCCCGCAGAACCAGACUGGAGCAACCCAAGAACUCUACAGGGGAAGGGUCCCUUCCAUCCCAGCCUCUAAGCACAGAAGCGGCCCCUGCAGACCGCAGCCCUCAAACGCAGCUUCCGGAACUGCAUGCCCAUCCUGGCUCCCCCCAAGCUGAAACUCCAAAGCCUGGAAGUACUCAGAUAGAGAUGCCCCCCAGAAGCGGUUCUGCUCCCUCUGACACGGGGAUCCCUUCACCCACGUCCUUCUUUGGAGACAGUAGGUCUUUCCAGGGAUCCCCUGGGCCACGGAUGCCAUCUUCCCAGGGUUGGAACAGUCCCCAGGGAGCAGAGCCACGCCCUCAUCCUUUCCCUUCUGUCCCCCGGAGUCGGAGUCGAGGCCAACAGAGCAGGGGGCCCUGGAGACCUCGAGGGAGUCCUCCCAGGUCCCCAGAAGGCUGGCUGCCUCUGACAAGAGACUCCAGCCCCCGCUGGAGCCUUUUUACUUCCGGUAGCCCUGUUCCAAAAUGCCCUGGGGAAAGCGAGCAGCUGAGAGCCUGCAGUCAAGAGCUUUGCCCCCCUGAGCAGCCGGACCCCAGAGCCCUGCAGUGUGCCGCCUUUGACUCCCAGGAAUUCAUGGGCCAGCUGUACCAGUGGGAGCCCUUCACUGAAGUUCAGGGUUCCCAGCGCUGUGAACUGAACUGUCGCCCCCGUGGCUUCCGCUUCUAUGUCCGUCACACCGAAAAGGUUCAGGAUGGGACCCUGUGUCAGCCUGGAUCCCUAGAUAUUUGUGUCGCGGGUCGCUGCCUGAGCCCCGGCUGUGAUGGGAUCCUUGGCUCUGGCAGGCGUCCAGAUGGUUGCGGAGUCUGCGGAGGUGAUGGCUCUACCUGCCGGCUCGUUUCGGGAAACCUUACUGACCGAGGGGGCCCCUUGGGCUAUCAGAAGAUCCUGUGGAUCCCUGCGGGAGCCACCCAUCUUCAAAUUUCCCAGUUCCGACCCAGUUCCAAUUACCUCGCACUUCGAGGGCCUGGGGGCCGCUCCAUUAUCAACGGAAACUGGGCUGUGGAUCCUCCAGGGUCCUAUUCGGCCGUCGGGACUGUCUUCCAGUACAACCGUCCUCCUCGGGAGGAAGGCAAGGGGGAGAGUCUGUCAGCCGAAGGCCCCACCACCCAGCCCGUGGACGUCUAUAUGAUCUUUCAAGAGGACAACCCAGGUGUUUCUUAUCAGUAUGUCAUCGCCUCCCCUCCUGCCCUGGAGAGCCCCUCCGCCAAGCCUCCAGCCCUUCAACUUCAGCCUGAGAUGCUGAGGGGAGAGCCCCUACUUGCUCCAGCUCCCCGCCCAGUUCGGGCACCAGGCACCCUCCAGCGUCAGGUGAGGAUUCCUCAAGUGCCUGCCCUGACUCACGCCAGGACAUCCCUGGGGUCCGCCGGAUACUGGAAGCAAGUGGGGCAUUCCGAAUGUUCAGCAUCCUGUGGCAAAGGUGUUUGGCGCCCCAUUUUCCUCUGCAUUUCCCGUGAGUCAGGAGAGGAGUUGGAUGAACAGAGCUGUGCCACGGGUGCCAGACCCCCAGCUUCCCCUGAACCCUGCCAUGGGCCCCCGUGUCCCCCAUACUGGGAGGCUGGGGAAUGGACGUCCUGCAGCCGGUCCUGCGGCCCUGGCACCCAGCACCGCCAGCUGCUCUGCAGACAAGAAUUUGGAGGCGGUGGCUCCUCUGUGCCUCCAGAGCGUUGUGGGCAUCUCCCCCGGCCCAACAUCACCCAGCCUUGUCAGCUGCACCUCUGCGGCCACUGGGAGAUUAGCUCCCCCUGGAGCCAGUGCUCAGUGCGUUGUGGCCGUGGUCAGAGAAGCCGGCAAGUCCGGUGCGUGGGAAGCAAUGGCGACGAAGUGAGCAAGCAGGAGUGUGCUUCCGGGCCUCCCCCACCGCCCAGCAGAGAGGCCUGCGACAUGGGACCCUGUACCACAGCCUGGUUUCACAGCGACUGGAGUUCCAAGUGCUCAGCCGAGUGUGGGACAGGAAUCCAGAGGCGCUCUGUGGUCUGCCUUAGGAGUGGGGAGACCCUCCAGGGGGACCAGGAAGCAGGAGAAGGAAGCACUGAGCAGGGCUGCCCUCUCAGAAGCCGCCCUCCUGACAUGCGUGCCUGCAGCUUAGGGCCCUGUGAGAGGACAUGGCGCUGGUACACAGGGCCCUGGAGUGAGUGUUCCUCGGAGUGUGGAUCUGGCACGCAGCACAGAGACAUCAUCUGCGUGUCUAAACUGGGAACCGAGUUCAAUGUGACUUCUCCCAGCGACUGUUCCCACCUCCCCAGGCCCCCUGCGCUGCAGCCCUGUCAGGGGCAGGCCUGUGAGGACCGAUGGUUUUCGACUCUCUGGAGUCCGUGUUCUCGCUCCUGCGAGGGAGGCACGCAGACACGGGAAGUCCAGUGCCUGAGUGCCAACCACACUCUGAGCGCCCGAUGCUCUCUUCACCUGCGACCUUCCCGAAAGCGGGCCUGUAACAGCCAGCCCUGCCACCAGCGCCCGGAUGACCAAUGCAAGGACAACUCUCCACACUGCCCCCUGGUGGUGCAGGCCCGACUCUGCGUCUACCCCUACUACACAGCUACCUGCUGCCGCUCAUGCGCCCACGUCCUGGAGCGGUCCCAGCUGGAGCCUGCUUGAAAUGGGUCCAAGAGAUUCUUCUCUUCACGGUUUUCUUACGCUAGCACUGGGCACCCACUGGCGAGCCCACUCUGUAUCCCUCUGGCUUCUCACCUGGUCUCAGUGUCACCAGAGAUGCCUGCCCUCCGCUGUGAGAGGAUAAGGGGACUGUUCACCUGCUGUUGGGUUUGCUCUAUAGCGUGACGCCCUGAGAUGUGAGCCUACCUGGGUGUCUGCCACUGCGUAUGUGCCACUUCCCCAAAAGCAUACUGGGGAAGAGUGGGAAGUGGGCGACGCUUGUUUCCCGGAUGCUUUCUGGGCUGAGGAGGAUCAGAGUUACCUCCCCACACUAGUCUGAUCUACUUAAAGUGUGCCCCCCACAAGUUCCAGUGUGUGUCCCAAUCCUGAUUCCCAGGUCAGGUCUCACACCUAAGCUACCCUGCUGCCCCCCCCCCCCCCUAUCUAGCCUCUGUAUCCCUACCUCCCAUCAGCUAGGGGACUCUUGCUACCCUACCUUGCCCAGGAAGGACCAGGCCUCUCCAGAGCAGGGACCAGUUGUGAAGAGGAUGAAAAAGAGAGCUGUCAGCAUAAGACACCCUCGCCCCCACCCCCACUCCACCCCGAAAGUGAUGCCCAUCCCAGAACUAAUUUAUUUUUUAUUAAAGUUGAUUGUGACAAAUGAUGCUCUUCGUUAUCCUGAGGACCCCGCUGUCUGAGCAGUGGUCCAGAAUAUGGUGUGGGCAGGGGACCGGCACUUAGGAUGGGAGGAAGGGUAGGCCCCAAGGGCUAUGGAAUACGGAUCAGACAGCCUGGCUCAGAGUCCUGGGAUCCUGCUCUGCCUCACAAUUGCAGAUGGCCCAUUGGCCACUAGGGGCCACUGCCUCUCCCGGUUUAGGAGCCGUGGGCUUUUGAGUAGGCUCUUCCUGUAAUUUCUGGAAAUCCAGUAUGACUUUCCCGGGCCAAGCAGGCUGUGUGAGUCUAUGUGUGUGGGGUCACUGUUCAGGCCCUCUCGCCCUGGCCCUCGCUUGUUUUCCCAUGGGUGCACCUUACCCCAUUCCCUUGCUCAGCCGAAUCAGAAGAACCCAGCCUGGUUCUCUGGAAGUGCAGGAUGAGGGAGGCGUGGCCAAGGCAGUACCGGACGUCCUGCCAGAGACACAUUCCUUAGAGACGUCUCACCGGGCCUCCUCCCUCCGCCCCCUUCCCUGUUCUUUUCAAAGUAAAUAACUUGCUGAAGGUGCAGUGAAGGGGACAGCUUUUCCACAUUGCAAACCGGUCCCUGACCCUGUGGUUCUGAGGUCUGAGCUCUGGCUCCUGGAGGUAGCGCCCUCCCCAUCCCUGCCUCUCCAACAAGCUGGGUUUGGCCACUAGCAAGGCCUACAGGCCUAGUUUCACCCGUGACAACUGUGUUCUGAUCGGGUCCGGAGUCCCUUCUACCGCAGCAAAGCCCUUCCGCUCCCUGCCUUGGGACUCAGGCUGUCCUGGCUGUGUGUCGCAGAGCAGAAAGAGGACAGCACAGCGGGAGCAGAGUGGGUGGGAAGGACAGGGAGCCACUGGGAGAUCACAGAUGAGGCAGAAGGAUCACAAGGCCAGCCUGGGCUAUACUGUGUGACUAUCUCAAAAACACCAGGAAGAAAAACUGACUUCGGUCCAAAGCAGGGCACAAGGAGACUAUGCGAAUGCCCUGCCUCAGCCAGGCGAUGGUGGGGCAC